CUCUAAUCAUCAUGGCAUUCUCUCUCCACUACGUCGUGUUUUCUUUUCCCUCUUCUCGCUCGCCCUUUUCGCCUUCCCUCCUCAGCAUCCCGAGCAUCGCUACUUGACUGCAACGACAACUAUCUUGUCAAUCUCUUGAUUGAUUUCAGGAAAGAGAUCUGAUAUCCGAUAUAGCGGGGCGCAUUUAUCGAUAUCACUAUUUUAAAGACUCACCCGCAGAGGGAACUCCAAAGCCGUCAUCAUGGAUAUGAGCAGCAUGGAUCAUUCGUCACACUCGUCCUCUUCGUCAUCCUCAUCAUCCAUGACAAUGUCGAUGGCAAUGGUCUUCGUUAAUACCCAGGACACACCCCUGUUCUCGAAUCAGUGGACUCCGUCAUCCAGUGGCGCGUAUGCUGGCACGUGCAUCUUCCUUAUCAUUCUAUCGAUUAUUGGCCGACUCCUGGUUGCGUUCAAGGGCGUCAUGGAACAGUACUGGUUGAAUGCUCAUUUGAAUCGUCGCUACGUGACCGUCGCGGGCAAGUCAACGGAAGCUGGUCGUAUCGACGCCGACCCGGAUGCCAAAGUGGCUUCACUCGUGUCAGCACAAGGGGUGGAAGAGUCCGUCAAAGUUGUGCGCCGGGCUACACACGAGCCCCUUCCGUUCAGAUUUAGUGUUGAUCUGCCGCGAGCAUUCCUUUUUCUCUUGAUUACAGGGGUAUCAUAUCUGCUCAUGUUGGCUGUCAUGACUAUGAACAUUGGCUACUUCUGCUCUGUGUUGGGUGGCGCUUUUCUAGGCGAACUGGCCGUGGGGCGGUAUAUACAAUGGAAUGAGCAUGGCCAUUGACGACACUUUUGCAGCCAUGAUUCUUAUUUUCCAUGUUUGCAAUCUGAGUUUGGCGUUUGGACACUUGAUAUUGCCACCAAUGGCUCUGGAGUCAAGGCGAGCAUUGCAUGCAUUUAGUGGAGUUUGGAGCGUUUCAAUGAUUUUUCCGUGAUACCUCUAUCAGUUGUUAUUAUCAUGAACUUUCCUCGGAGGUACCAAUUGCGAGACCAUGUGCCCACUUUCAUGUCAAUGAUUGCCAGUAAGAUAAAUAUUAAUUUUCCAUGUGGCACUUGAAUGCCACCUCAGGCGAUGUUACCUCGCCUAGGAAAUUUUCCGGGGCUUUCGGUCUCAUAAUUGUCUUUCCCCUUUGACUACUAGUACAUGAGCUCAUUCCAGCCCAAUAAACUUCAACUAGGGUUCGGGUCAAGAUGGCGCGAUGACUGAACGCUGGAG